AUGGAAGAUAGUGAUGACGACGAUAAAAUACAGGUUAUCGUGUAUGGAAAUUCUACCGAGGCCAACUUCGACGAUUUUUAUAGAGAAGAAGCCAAAAAGGAAGGAAAUGAAAAUAUAGCAAGCCUGAAUGGAAGUGAUUAUCCCCAAAAUGAAGCUGAGAAGAAAGAACAAGAGGUCGAUAUGGAGCUUCAAGUACAAAAGGCAACAAAAGAAAAUAAAGUUUUUAUGAAAUAUGAUUAUACCAAAGAAAAACCCUGGAUCCAUCAUCAAGAUAAAAGCAUGUGGUUUAAUUACAAUUUUAAUGAACAAACUUUUAAAGAAUGGAUACAAAAACAUAUAGAUAAAAGAUUAGAAAAACAGAAAAAUUAUAAAAUAGAAACUUAUGAUAAUAUUUAUGAUGAUAAUAAUUUUAAAACAAAUAUUGAUAAUCAAUUAUUAUAUGAACAAGACAUAAAAAAUCGAAAUUUUAAAAAUACGAAUUUUACAAAAAAUAAUGACACUAAUUUUGAAUAUAUAAAUCAUAAUAAAAAUAAUACUAACAAUAAUUUUAAUAAAUAUAACAAUCAAAAAAAUAUGCCCAAUAAUAAUAUAUUACGAGCAAAAGAAAAUAAUCCCCGUAAUUAUGGUAACCCCUUAAAUUAUGAACAAAAUUCUGCACAUCAACCAGUCAACAAACCAUACAAUUCUACUAAUACUAAUCGAAAUCCAAAUCUAGAAAAAAGUCAUAUUAAAAAAGAAAAAGAUAAUACCCAAUCAAAACAACAGGACUUAUCCCAGUUUCAGCAGUUCAUUAAUUUUUUCAAGCAAAACCAGGAAACAUAA